AUGGAGCUGCUGGAUUCUGGCCUGAGCCAGGAGGACUGGCAAGUCCUGGGCUCGGAAUUCUACUCCCUGCGCUCCCUUUACUCCCUGGAGUGGGACAAGGACCUUGCCCUUACACGCGUCUUCACCGGUCAGCAUGGCGGCCCCAUGGCAACGGUGUGGGACGAGGCCCAGGUCCGGCUGUACAUAGGGUCAGCGUCCCGCCCAGACAUCCACAUCUACUCUGCGGCCGGGCGCCAGCUGGGGCUGGUGCUGUGGGAGAGGGGCAGCGUCCUGGCGGCGGGCUGGAGCAGCGCCGAGGAGCUGCUGGUGGUGGAGGAGGAGGGCACGGUGCACCGGUAUGACGUGCGCGGCCAGGAAUCGGCCCCGCCCUUCUCCCUGGGCAAGGAGGCGGAGGAGGAGGGCCUGCAGCUGGCCCGGGUCUUCCCCGCCGGCGUGGUCGGCCUCACCCGGCGCGGCGCGCUGUGGAUUGUGCCGACGCUGGACCGGCCCAGGCAGCUGCGCCUGCCCCUGCCCGCUGGAGCCAACGCGCCCGGCGACGACGGCGGCGGCCCCCACGCCGUCGGGGUCCGGGCCCUGGCGGUCCUCCCCACCCCCGCAGGGCAGCCGGUGCCCUCGAUGCCCGAGGUCGUGGUCGCCCUGUAUCAAACCCUGGUGCUUGUGGACGGCAGUAGGGAGCACCUGGACGUGGUCACAUCGCUUGCCCUGGCCGACACGGCGUCCAGCCUGUCCGAGGACCUGGGCAUGGAGACGCCGCCCGACGCCCUCCCCGAUGCGCUGGCAUGGGCGGGCUCGCGCGCCCUGGUGCUGAGCUGGGAGGGCGUGGGCCUGCUGCUUAUGGGGUCGCUGGAGCCGGGGGCCCUGCUCUUCGAUGCGCGGCGACUGUACGAGGCCGGCGACGCGCGGGCGACCGCGGAGCUGCUGGAACUGGUGCGCGCGGGGACGCUGCCGGCCGCCGUGGCUGCCUGCCUGGCGGCCGCCGCCGCCGAGCUGGACCCCGCGCGCCAGGAGGCCCUGCUCCGCGCCGCCUGCUAUGGCCGCGCUUUCCUGGGGAUCGACCCCGCGCUGCCCAACGCGGCCGACGUGCCGGGGCUGGGGCGGCGCGACGCGCUGGAGGUCGCACGCAGUCUCCGAGUCCUCAACGCCCUGCACGACCCGGAGGUGGGCAUCCCAAUCACCAUGGAGCAGCUGGAGGCGGAGGGGUGGGAACCCCUGGUCCGCCGCCUGGUCCGCCGCCGGCACUACCACCUGGCGCUGAGCGUGGCUCGUGCGCAAGGCCUGCCGGGGGAGGCCGUGCUCAGCGCCUGGGCCUGCGACAAGGUCACCGCCUGCGGGGGUUUGCUGGGCGACGCCGAGCUCCUCGCCGCCCUCAAGGCGCGCUUCAAGCUGGACGGCGCGGGCGGGGUGGAGUGGGCAAACAUCGCCUCCCACGCUGCGGGGCAGGGCCGGCCCAAGCUGGCGGCGCUCCUGCUGGACAUGGAGCACCGGGCCCACCAGCAAGUGCCCCUCCUGCUUGAGCUGGGCGAGACGGAGGCUGCGCUGGGCAAGGCCGAGACCUCGCUGGACGCUGACCUGAUGCUGGACGCCUGCAGCGCGCUGUGGGCAGAUGUGCAGCGUGCCCUGGCCACGGCGCCCACCCCGCAGCAGAGCGUGGCCGCCGGCCAGCGGUUCUGGACGGCCAUGACCAGGCACCCCCUGGCGUGCGCGGUCUUCCUCCGCUACUCCGCCAAGCAGGACCCGCUGGUGGUCACAGACGUGUAUGAGCACACCGGCCACCCUGAGCGAGCGGCAGAGGGCGUGCGCAUGCAGCAGGAAUUGGCUGAGCCGGGCGGCGCGGGGGAAACGGCCAUCCAGACUGAGCUGGCCCGGAGUCGGGAUGCAUACGUCCGGGCGCAAUCCAAGACGAGGGACACCCGAUUCGAGGCCGCCCAAGUCACCGCCCUUGCUCGGCUGCGGGAGCAGCAGCUGGAGCUGGAAGCAUCCACCAGCAGGGAGGGCUUCCUGGGCCUGUCGGUCACCGGCACCAUCCGCCAGUGCCACAAGCUAGGCCUGAAGGAUGCCGCGGCGCGCUUUGCCAGGGAGCACAAGGUGCCUGAGAAGCAGGCGCAGUUACUGGCCCUGGACGCCGCGGCCGCCCAGCAUGACUGGGUGGGCCUGCAGGCCAAGGUGAGUCGCCUGGACAGGUACUCGCUGCUCACCCUGGAGCACUACGCCCACGCUGCACAGGCUCACGGAGCCCCGCCGGAAGUCUUGCGGUGGAUCGUGGAUCGCGUCUCAGGCGACGGCGCCGUCGCGCGCAAGGCCAUGCUCUUCUCCGAGCUGGGAAUGCAACGCGAGGCGGCGGCGCUGGCGCCCCACCUGGCUCAGGCACCCCCCGGCCAGGCCGAGGGUGGCGUGCUGGGCAGCCUGCGUGGCGCGCUACAGAGUGGGGUGGGCGGCUGGGUCAGCCGCGUCGCACCCGUCGGCCUGGCGGGGCGGGGCUGA